UUCUCGCUGUCGGCAAGGUCGAUUUAUGUUUUGAAUUUAUUCGGUCCGUGUCCGUGAAAGUUACAUAUCAUUAGUUGCCUCCCAACUAAAUACGGAUCCGGAAGCAUCCCCGCUGUGCAUUUUGUUCACCAGCAAUUGUGUUCAACAUAUCAAAACUUGACAACAAUUUCAGUCGCCGCACACAUUAACCCAAAUUCGGAAUGGCCGCUGCAAUGGGACGUAAGCUGGUCGACAGCUUGAAGAGCAAAGAGUUCCGAGAGUACCUGAUGAGCACCCACUUCUGGGGACCGAUAGCGAAUUGGGGCAUCCCGCUAGCGGCAAUGGCCGACUUAAAGAAGGAUCCGAAAAUUAUCUCCGGUACAAUGACCACUGCCCUUUGCCUGUACUCGCUGACUUUCAUGCGCUUUGCGUGGCGUGUAACGCCCCGCAAUAUGCUUCUGUUCGCAUGCCAUAUCACAAACUUUACCGUUCAAAGUGUGCAAGGUGCACGCUGCAUCGAAUAUAACUAUAUGGGAGGAAAAAAUCGUGUCGCGGCCCAGGAACCAGCAAAGCUACCUGUUGCCGAAGAGGCAAAGAAAUAAUGCCCCGAUCAUAUAAGCUCGUACUGUGAGGGGAGAUAAUAUCAGUUAACCAAUAAUAUAACUGCGAUAGACGCUCUAUUUUGCAUAGAUUAGAUAAAGGGGAACAGUGGUGCAGAUGGGUGCUCUUCUAUGAAUUUUAUCCUUAUCAUUUGUCGAACUAUGACGUAUUUCCUUGCACAAAUGUUUGUGUGGUGCAUUAAAUUUAGGCGAAAUGUUGAAAACACAUCGAGAAGGUAGCCCAGGCCAAGCUGGAAUAGAUUGUAUUGUUAGAACGAUUCAAUGUAUAGUUGUUAGUAGGAUAUUUGAAGCACUUUUGCCCAUUCGUAGUUAGUGUGCACAAAGAUUUUUGUGGGCGUUUUUAACGACGACAGCGAGAUUAAUAUACCUCAGAGUGGUUGAGUUCAGCAAACUGAACCAAGCCAAUCAUUGGAAACACUCCAACUCCAAGGCGCUCAACGUUUUUUCCGGAAUUUUUACGCAAAGGUAAACACAUUAACAGGGAGGAAACAAGUCAUAUAAUGAAAAUCAUUUCCAAUCAAUGAUUCGUUUUAGUGAGAAGGACGAAAUAAAUCAAACAUCAUGAAAUGUAAGAUCAAAAAGUUUACACGUUUUUGGGGAAAUUAUUUACAACCCGUAUUCUCAGAAUACACAACAUAGGGAAUCAAAUAAAGUGAUAAAACUCUA